CUCGAGGGGUAUUUAGAACCCAGCUCCCACGCUGUUUGUCGACCAUUCUUUUGUCCAUCCACCGUUGCAACAAAUCCAUUCACUUUACUCUACUACAGCAAGAGAGUCCUUCGUUCAUACAAAAGACCAACUCGUCCCAUCCGUUUGACUUAUCCAACUAGACUUAAUAUCACAACAAUCCAACAAAAUGAAGUCGGCUGUCAUUGUUGGUCUUGCAGCUGUUGCUGCUGCUGCUCCUGGCGGCCCAGGAGGAUGGGGGGGCCAAGGCCAAGGAGGAUUCGGAGGCCACGGACAAGGCCCUCAAGGCGGAGGCCCGGGAGGUAAUGGUGGUAACUGGGGAGACUGGAAUGGAGGAAAUGCCCCGGCUCCCGCUUCCGAACACUGGAACGACUGGACCACCCCAGUCGCUCCGGCACCUGCUCCAGCAGAGACCACUCACUGGCAAGACUGGACCACGACGACUUCGGUCCCAGUGGCACCCAUCGAGACCAGCUCUACCGCCUGGCAAGACUGGACUACCACCACCUCGGUCCCCGUGGCGCCCAUCGAGACCUCCUCCACCGUCUGGGGAGACUGGAAUUCGACCUCUUCGGUCCCCGUCUCACCCAUCGAGACUUCCAGCCACGUCUGGAGCGACUGGACCACCUCGACCCCUCCUCCGGCCCCGGCGACCACCACACCUCCCCCUGCUCCUGCUCCAAGCACCACCGUGCGACCUUCUCCAUCUUCCACCACUCCAGUCGCUCCAGUGGUGAGCACUUUCACUGGUGCCGCCGCCACUGCUCAAGUCGGUGGAUUGAAGAUCGCAGGUGCCUUGGCUGCCAUCAUCGUCGUUGCUCUGCUGUAAGCAAGGACCGGCUCGACAUCUUCUGUCCCUUUUUUUCAAUUCGGCAAUUUUCGGACCCCUGGAUUCUCUGAGAGAGAAGAAAUGGGCGGGAACCCGAUUAAUCACGGAACACCAAAGUCUACUGAGAUGUUGCACUCUGCGGCUCUAUUUCGACUUGUUUCAUUUUUGCACCAACAACAAACACUAAUGACUGGACACGACAAUACAAUCUUUUUUUUUUCUCGACAGGGUUAUAAAGCGCUCCUGACGCUUGACACCGCUGACGCGCAAUGGGGAUCAUGGAAAUAUGGCAAUAUGGGAAUACAGGGUAGAAAGGAACAGGAACAAUAAGGGAACAUUCUACUGAGGGUGUGUUUCCCUUGGGACACAAAAAUGGUUUGGGAGGGGGAAGCAUUUUAGGUAGCUUAUUAGUUUUAGCUAUAUGCAAAAUUUUGCAAGUCUCUUUUGAUAAAAAAAAGAGAGAAGAUAGAAUGAACCCAAAAACAUUCAAAUUUA